AUGCCCCUCGCUACUAUCCACCUCCUCGCCCUGUCACCCUCAACAUCACUCCCCUCCUAUCUUCACACUCUCUAUAACUCCGUCCCACGAUCCAAAAUCCUCAUCACCUCCAAAGUCAUCCGCUGGAUCAUUACCCCCACGACCAUCGACGCCCAACGUCUCUUGAACCCCAAAUCUCCGUGGACGCUGCUUCUCAUCCUGCUGGGCACGGAUCCCCUCCCCGCGUCCCUGACCAGCGACGUGCUGGACCACUGGACCUCCGUGGCGGGGAUCCCGUCGCGCCUGACCGCGGACUUUGCCCGCACGAACGACCACCUCCUGCAUCCCAAGCCGGAGGCCAUCCCCGCCUUGACGGGUUCGUUGGGCAAACCGCGCGUGGGCACCACCUCGCAGACGCUCGAACUGUCGCCUGGUCUCCUCGAAUGGGCGACUUCGUUCCGCAAAACCCGCGCGGGCAGCUCCCCGCUUUCGAUGCUCAAUCUGCUCGCCUUCAAGGAGGGGAUGAAGCCGUCGUAUUUGAAGUACGGCGCCGCGUUUGCCGAGUCAAUCGGCAAGCGACGUGGCGGGGUCGCGAAGCUGGUGGGCAAUAUCGUCGUCGAUGCGAGUGGGAAUGGCGGGACCGGCGGGAACGGCGGGAAAUGGGACGAGUUUGCGCUGGCGAGUUAUCCCUCCGUGUUGCAUUUCGCGGACAUGUUGGCUGGGGAGGACUACCAGGGGGUGAAUUUGACAUAUCGUGUGCCGGCGUUGGAGGAUACCUUGAUCCUGUGUACGAGUGAGAUUGAGGUUGAGGGUAUUCUGGAGGCAGAAGGGAAGGGUCAGAAGGCGAAAUUGUGA